AAUACUUGUAGAUUCCAAGUGGGUCGAGUACUACCAGUCCACUGCUCAAUUGAUAAUCUAGAGUUCCAUAGCUGCAACCCAGACAUCAAAGCCAUGGCGUUGGCACUAGAUCUGGAGCGCGUGCUAUUGCAUAUACUGCCGAUGCCUGCGAUGAUGGCGCAGGGGCAACUACUAGGCAUGCCAAACCACAUGGAGAUGAUUCGAGACCGCCUCUGGAAUAUCAAUGGCACGAUCUUGGACGCUCAGCUUCGAGCGUUGAAGGAGCCGGAGUUGGAGGAGUGGGUGACCGACGUCGGUGCAGCCAUUGUGGACGUCGACGAUCUGCUCGGUAGGAUCCUUGACUGGCAUCCAAGACGAGGAGCGGCUGCAGCAUCGAAUCGCUCGUCACGCUCCAUCUGCAGCAUCCGAGUGGCCUCUCGCCAAGCCAUUCUAUUGGAGCUCAAGGAGAUGGUGCGCAGGCUGAACUGUCUGGUGAGGAGGGGGUCUGUGUUGGGCCUCUCGAAGGAGAUACUGGAGUCUGUGGAUCCACGACAAGAAGAAGAGUACUCCACCGUCCUAAGAGAAGAGGUGGUGGGACGCAACGAGGAUGUAGAAAAAAUCAUCGACAUUUUGCAGCAACAACAGUCUGGCGAUCGUGAUGAAUGGCUGCUCAUAGAUGGCAAUAAUGGGAAGACGACCCUUGCUCGGUUGAUUUACCACCACCCCUGGGUGCAGGAGCAAUUCCAACAUCGAAUCUGGGUGGAUGUCCCAAACAAUUUUUAUUUGGAUCCCAUGUGGAUCAUGAGAGAAUUCACGAGAUCAAUAACCGGGGAGCCAUGCGAGGACAUCUGGCUAUUCUUCGAUGGAAUCCAAGGAAGCAAAUACUUGCUCGUUCUGGAUGAUCUCUACGCCGGGGAGGAGAAGGAUAAGUGGCUCCAAUCGGAGAGCUUUCUAUUGCUCGUCGGCGUGUACAUAUGGUUGAGUAUACAAGAUGACGUGGUCAAUAAUGAAGACGUCUUCCAUGUGUUAGCUUCCGAAGGCCUUCUGUCGUAUUCAGACAUCGUAGGGACGGAAAGGAAAUAUAUGAAGGCCCCCGAUUCUGCACUGUUUUUAUUUAGUGUCAUAAAAUAUUGUUAUAUCUUGACGAAGGCUUAUUCGGAUUCAACAAUCCCACCACAAUGUUUCUAUCUACGUAUGUUGGUCGAUUCCAAUAAGAUCAUAUUUCCAACGAUCUUGUCAAGAGGGGUAAAUAAGUUAAGAGGUUUGAUAUUAGAACGGAAGGAGAUGGAUUUUCAACACAAAUAUCAUAUCCUACAUAUUCCAGAAGGUAUGUUUACCAAUCUUAUACAUCUACGUAUAUUAUGUUUACGAGCUAUCAGAGUCCAGCAGCUACCUGAUACAGUGGGCAAAUUGCUUGUCUUAAGAUACCUCAAUCUUUCUCAGUCCGAGAUCCAAGUACUUCCUGAAUCCUUGUGCAAGCUCAAGAAUUUACGAGUCUUAAAUCUAACCUAUUGUGAAAAGCUUCAGAAGCUACCGAAACGAAUACAUAAUCUUGAGAAUUUAUAUAUUUUAAAAUUAGCUUAUUGUACAAAGCUUCAAAUGUUACCUAUUUCGGUCACCAACCUUGUAAAACUACAAGAGUUAGAUCUGGAAGGUUGUCAAUGGCUUGUUGAAUUACCCGAGGGUUUGAGUAACAUGAAAAAAUUGAUAGAUCUCAAUGUGUAUAAAUGUCCAUUGAAUCAAAUGCCACAUGAAAUAAGUCAUAUGAGCUACCUUCUGAAGUUGUCUGGAUAUAACGUAAUUGGUGGUCUUGGAAAUACCUUCUCGAAGUUGCAAUUGUUGAUGAAUCUAAAAGUAUUAUGGCUACAAAAUCUUGAACAAGUAUCAAAAUUAGGAGAUGCUUCGACUCUUUUAAAAUUACAUGAUGUACUUCCACGACUCAGAUAUUUGAGGUUAAAUUGGAAAUGGGACAAUACGGAUGACAUGAGAACCUCUAAAUUGGUUUCGCUACAGGUACUCGAAGGCCUCCAACCCAAUCCAAACUUGAAAAAAUUAGAGAUUAUUUUAUAUGCCGGCAAGGAAUUUCCAGUAUGGAUAAAAAAGGGGUUUGACUAUCACCACAAGUUGGAAGAGAUCAAACUAAUCAAUCUCAAGAGAUGUAAAAAGCUACCGUCACUCGGAGGACUACACGAUCUCAAGAUUAUCGAGAUAAGUGGUAUGGAUUUAAUCGAUGCUAUGGAUGAAGCAUUCUACGGUGAAAAUGAAAAUGGGACAUUUCCUAAUUUGGAAAAACUCAUAUUGUCCGAUAUGCCUGCACUAGAAAAAUGGUUAAAGGUGGAGCGGCGACGAGAACUUUUGUUCCCGAAUCUUGAUGAAUUGACAAUAAUCCAAUGCCCAAAAUUCGAAGCUUUAGAGGUGGAUCUGGAGGUCACAAGAUUGAGUAUUUGGUUGGACAAUAAGAUGCUGCGGACAUCUGAAUUCAAGGGUUGGCAUAACCUCCAAAGUAUGGAGCACUUGGAGAUAGUUGGAUGCAAAGAGAUGAGGUGUUUGCCACAGGACAUGAAACGAUGUGUUAAACUUCAGAAGUUGAGAAUUAUCGGAUGUGACAAUUUGGACUGUUUGCCGGAGUGGCUGUCAGAAUUGGAAGAUCUGGAUUCUUUAUAUAUAUGUGGCUGCAGAGCUCUAUCAUCCAUGCCAGAGGAGCUUAAACGAUCGCCAAACGUCCAUGUUAAAGGUUGUCCGAAGCUGUGACUUUAACCAGCGGAGCAGAGUACGUUCUCCUACCUUGGAAUAUUUUAUGCUAGGAUUAGAGCAGAUUGAGAUAGAAUUAGCAAUAUUUCAUUUCACUGUUCAGAAAGCACCAUCUGAUUUCGGUAGCAGCAUCAAAUUGCAGAUGUUUGGGACUUGGAAAGGAAACAUUAUUCUGGAAUUCUCCAUUUCUUCCUGAUUCUUAUAAACAUUUAACCCUCCCUCCCUACCUAACUGAUGCUGUGAGGAAAAGAUUGACUAUCGUGCAAGGAUUCGUUUGAUAAAUCAAGACAAGAACAAAUAUAAUACACCUAAAUAUCGUUUUAUUGUUUGCUUUAUAUCCCGACAUUGAGUUGUUUAUAUUUUAUUUAUUUACAUUGUUUUGAUGUAUCAUUAUGUGUUCUUAAGUGAGUAUGUGA